UAAAAUAUUGAUUUGAGAUGGAAUGGGCAAAGGGAAAAGGAGAACUGAGAGACAGAAUCUUCAGUCUAUAAAAGAAAAGUAUUAUUAUCUUACCAAGAAAAGGAGACAUGGAUGUUUGUCUUUGGCCUCAAGAGUCUAAAGCUUCUUGAAAAUCAAGAAACAAUAAAGCCCCCUUGGCCUUUGGCCCUUGGGGAUGAAGUUUUAAGCACUUUUUCCUCUUUCCCUUGCACACCCACCCCCCAAGUGGAAUCCCACUACACUACACUCUCUUCCUUGUGUUUCCCAUUUUAUCAUGAUUACUCCUCUCCUCUUCUUUUUCUCAUUACUUGAAAGUAAAGCAUGAUAGUCAUUACUUGAAAGUAAGGUAUGAUGUGAAGAAGAUACAAGUUAAUUCAUUUCCAAUUAUAAGCUGAUACUUACCAAGUUCCAACAGUCAUGGCAACUCUACACAAACUGAUAGUUGAAGUUGUCGACGCUCGCAAUCUGUCGCCGAAAGACGGCCGCGGCGCGUCGAGCCCCUAUGUGGUGGUGGACUACCGCGGGCAGCGAAGACGCACCCAAACCAAGCUGAGCGACUUGAAUCCUGUGUGGAACGAGUUGCUCGACUUCGAUCUCAGUAGGCCUUCUGACGUGUUUGGGGAUGUGCUUGAGCUGGAUGUAUACCAUGACAAGAAUUACGGCCCCACCACCAGAAACAACUUUCUCGGCAGGAUCCGGUUGAGUUCCUCCCAGUUUGUGAAGAAAGGUGAGGAGGCCUUGAUUUAUUUCCCUUUGCAGAAGAAGAGCUGGUUCACGUGGAUUCGCGGCGACAUUGGGUUGAAGAUUUAUUAUGUGGAUGAGGUCGUGCCACCUCCGUCUCCGCCGCCACCGCCGCCCAAAGCAGAGGAACCAAAGCCUGAAACAGCACAACCUCCGCAGUCAGAGGCGGUACCUCCGCCAGAAUCUGCCUCGCCCCAACCUACAGACCAGCCACCAGCUGAAGCGGCGCCACCAAAAGAAGCAGAACAAACACAGCCACCUGAACCCAAGAAGCCUGCUGAAGAGCCGCCGACUGAGGCUGCUCCGCCACCAAAGACCGAGGCUCCUGAAGUAGCAGAAUCGGGUCCCUCACAGCCACCUCCACCACCACCAGCCACUGAUGAUGCAAAUCAGGAUCAGGCAAACCCACCACCCCCACCAGUAGCACCUGAAGCUGCUCCCAUGCCCAUGCAACGUGAUCAUGAAAUUGAGGUAAUGGCACACUCCGUAUCCAAAUCAAUGGCAGAUGUCAAAUUCCACCGAACCAACGGUCCACCACCAAUUCCGAGACCUCCGGUUGUGCCCGGUGGAGCACUCAAUUAUACGUCGCAGCUGGAGCCGACGGAAAGCAUGUCAAUGGACCGGCCGUCGUUUGAUCUGGUGGAGAAGAUGCACUACCUCUUUGUCCGAGUUGUGAAAGCGCGCUUCCUCCCAGCAAAUGGCAGCCCAAUUGUAAAAAUCUCCACCGCCAACUACCACAUCACAUCCAAGCCCGCCAGAAAAACCCACUGCUUCGAGUGGGACCAGACCUUUGCCUUCGCCCGCCAAUCCCCCGACCAGUCCGACGCCUCCAUCCUCGAAGUCUCCGUCUGGGACCCACCCGUAUUCGACCCCUCAGCGGCCUCCGAGGUGGCCUCCGGCCAUCAAUUCCUCGGCGGGAUCUGUUUCGACGUGAUGGAAAUACCCCUGAGGGACCCGCCGGACAGCCCCUUGGCCCCGCAGUGGUACCGGCUGGAGGGCGGUGGGGCCCGCAUCAACGGCGAUCUUAUGCUUGCCACGUGGAUGGGCACCCAGGCAGACGAUUCAUUCCCCGACGCGUGGAAGACAGACACGGCGAAAAAUCCAAACGCACGAGCCAAAGUGUACCAGUCUCCGAAGCUCUGGUAUCUCCGAGCCACCGUCCUCGAAGCGCAAGACGUUCUGCCCGUAACGGCGUCGUUGAAUUUGAAGGAAGCCACGUUCCAGGUCAAAGCCCAGCUCGGAUUCCAAUUCCUCAAGACCGAGCCUACCGUCACCCGAAACGGCGUGCCGUCUUGGAACCAAGACUUGAUGUUCGUAGCCGCCGAGCCGUUCAGCGACCACUUAAUUUUCACCAUAGAGCACCGGCUACCGAAGGGACCGGUCACCUUGGGCGUGCUGCGAAUUCCACUCAGCGCCGUCGAACGACGAGUGGACGAUCGCAAAGUGGCGUCGCGAUGGUUCAGCUUCGAAAAUCCAGACGGCGACGAGAAGAGGAUGUACAGUGGCAGAAUGCACUUGCGCCUUUGCUUCGAUGGCGGAUAUCACGUGAUGGACGAGGCGGCGCACGUGUGCAGCGACUACCGCCCAACUGCGAGGCAGCUCUGGAAGCCACCGCUAGGCACGGUGGAGCUCGGAGUCAUCGGAUGCAAGAACUUGAUACCGGUCAAGACGGUCAACGGUAAAGGAUGCUCGGACGCCUACUGCGUGGCCAAGUAUGGACCAAAAUGGGUACGCACGCGUACCGUAUGUGAUAGUUUGGAGCCCAAGUGGAACGAGCAGUACACGUUUAAAGUCUACGAUCCGUGUACAGUGCUGAGCAUUGGCGUUUUUGACAAUUCCGGAUCGGGUUUCGAAAUCGAGGGCUCGAAAGACGCCACGCGUCCUGACUUUCGUAUCGGGAAGCUAAGGGUGCGUAUAUCUACGUUGGCUACGGGUAAAGUGUAUAAGAAUACGUAUCCGCUGCUGGUUUUAUCACCCACUGGCUUGAAGAAAAUGGGUGAGGUGGAGAUCGCGGUACGCUUCGUUCCCGUGAGCCCGACCUUGGAUUUGGUCCAUGUGUACUCGCAGCCAUCGCUGCCGUUGAUGCAUCACAUAAAGCCGCUGGGGCGGGAUGUCGUGCUUUACAUGCUGGACGCGGAUUCACAAGGUUUUAGUAUGAGGAAAGUGCGCGCCAAUUAUUUCCGCAUCAUCAAUGUUGUUGCGGGGGUGAUGGAUGUCGUUGGGUGGAUAAACGACACGCGUUCGUGGAAGAAUCCAAUGGCCACGAUUCUCGUACACGCUUUGCUGGCGCUGCUUGUGUGGUACCCGGAUCUGAUAGUCCCCACUUUAGCGUUUUAUGUGUUCGUUAUUGGUGCUUGGAACUAUAGGUUCCGCUCCCAGGCUCCACUUCAGCACUAUGACCCGAAGCUCUCAUUGGCGGAGAACGUUGACCGUGACGAGCUGGACGAGGAGUUUGAUUCGGUGCCGAGCACCAGAUCAUUCGAGGUGGUGCGGGCGAGGUACGAUAAGCUGCGGAUGCUCGGUGCACGUGUGCAGACGGUGUUGGGAGAUUUCGCGACUCAAGGGGAGCGGGUGCAGGCUUUGGUGACAUGGCGGGACCCACGUGCGACGGGGAUUUUUGUGUUGUUGUGCUUCGUUGUGGCAAUGAUACUGUACAUGGUGCCAUCGAAGAUGGUGGCUAUGGUGUUUGGGUUCUAUUAUCUGCGCCAUCCGAUCUUUCGUGAUCGGAUGCCGCCGGCGGCUUUGAAUUUCAUCCGAAGGCUGCCUUCGCUGUCUGAUCGACUUUUGUAGGCGCGCAGCGCAUGGAUGUUGGGCUAGCUAAGGUUGAUAAGGUUUUAAAUUUAUCAAGUUUUCUUUCUUUCUAGUUUUUGUUCGUAAUUUUUGGUGUAAGAAAUUGGAAUUAGGCAAGGAAGAGAAGUAAUUAGUAAUAAGCAUAUUGUAAUGGUUGUUAUGGAAUGCAUUUUAAUACAGGUAGAUUUUUCGAAAUUAUUUUAAUA